AUGUCAUCGUCUUCCCAAUAUCGUGGUGCUGUCAAAGGUGCCAUAAAGAUUACAAUUGCCGGCGCAAAAUUAGUUCCUGGUCUAGAAGCUGCUGCAUCAAUCGUCCAAUCAAUUGUCAAACAAGCAGAAACACUUCAAAAUAAUCGAGAAACUUGCAAGGAACUAGUUGAGCGAGUUCAGACAAGCCAAGAAAUGUUAGAAAAUUAUAAACCACCAAAUGACAGCUUUCAAGAAGCUUACAAGAAGUAUAUUGAUAUCCUGAAAAAAAUAGAAAAUCAUAUCAAACAACUGGGAAAACCUGGAAAGUUUAGUCAACGACAUGUUAAGGAAUUGUUAGGAUUUAUAAACGCUGACAAGGAUAAACAAUUACUGGAACAAUUUGAGGAUAAAUUAUCUCAAGCAAUCAGUGCAUUCAAUUUAGAAUUGGGCUUACAAAUCCGUAACGAAGUGUCGGAAAUUAAAAUGGAAAUCUCAAAUAUUGCUAAAGGACUUGAUGCUCGUCCAUCAGAUGUAAAGGAAACAAGAAUUGAUCCCAGUUUAAUUACCAAUGAUCCGUUAGAGGAAGAGGUUGUCGGAGGCGUGAGAAAAGCGUUAGUAAAGAAAAUGCUUCGUAGUCAACCAGUUGCCGUGAGAAAAUUAGGAGAUGAAUAUUCUAAGAUUGAUGAAAAAAAGAAAAUUAAAGUAGAAAAUGAAAUGGUCAUUCGAAAAUUGUUAUCUGAUUGUAAUAAUAUCGAAAAAUUCUAUGGCAUCUACGUUGACUCUGAUAGUUUAUAUAUGGUCACCGAAUGGGUUAAAAAUGGUAAUCUUUGUGAUUAUUUGCAAAAGGAGCCAAACAUUCCUUGGAAAAGCAAGUGGAGAAUCGCAUCGGAAAUCGCAAAUGCAAUAAAUUUUUGCCAUGGCGUAGAAGUACUCCAUCAUAAUAUCAGAGCUGAAAACGUAUUGUUGAAUGAAAACCUGACUGCAAAACUCUCAAAUUUUGAUACAAGUAGAUUAACACACCAAGCUACAACUACUAUUCCUGGAAUAAGAGAUGGUCUUGAAUGGAAAGCUCCAGAAAAAAUUCGUUCAGAGGUCGUAAAGAGAAAAUCUGACAUGAAAUCUUACAAAAAUGCGAAUGAGAAAUUCAAAAAUGACAUAAAAUACGAGUCGCAACCUUUUAACAAACAAAUGGAUGUAUAUAGUUUCGGGAUGACUCUUUGGGAAAUAGCUGCAAAUGGUAAAAGUCCAUUUUCAGAAAUCGAAGAUUUGAAGUUAGAAGAUGAGAUAAUUGCAGGGACACGUCCAUUAAUCCCAGACGACACUCCACCAGCAUUCGAGAAAUUCAUAAAAGAUGCAUGGAACGAUAAAUGGGAUCAAAGACCGAAGAUUGAUGUGAUUGCCAAAGAUUUGUAUAUAAAUUAUCAACUUGUAGAAGGAAAUUCACAAAUCAAGAAUUGUCUUACUGUUCCGUCGACGCCGCAUUAUCAAAGAUCUCUUACACCUGUACCCGAUUUUCUAUUUGAGAUCGGCAAGUCGUCAUGA